CCACGCUCUAGGCCAUGCAGAACUCGCGGAUUCCCCACGAAGGUGCAUAUGAAGCAGAUGAUGGAGAUGAGGCCUUUCAAGGCAUGGAUGCCUAUGUCGGAGACGAAGGAAAUGGUGAAACUAUGUAUGGCAUACAGAUAACUAGGGACGAAGAUGACGAUGACGAAGAUUAUACUGACGAAGACGAGGAUGAAGGUGUGGGGUUAGAUAUCGAUGAUUUAAUAGAGGAGAUAGAGGAAGCUGGUGACCUCGCCGCAGGAGAGGACGACGAGGAGUCUGCUGCUAUGCAAGGACUUGAAGAUUCUCAGGAUCCUGCAACUCGCUUCGACUCUCUUGUUCAAAGAAUACUUUCAGCCCAGGCUGACACGGAGAACGACACCUCAUCGACCAAUACACUCGGUCGCGUCUUAGCGUUCCUUCGAUCCGGUUCUACAAGGCUAACAGUGGUUCCCAAUGCGAGGUCUAGGACUACGACGGAAGAAGUAUCGGAUGAUGACUUCACGCGCACGACGGGUCAGGCCAACACCGCAUAUAACCGACGGAACUGGGUACAGUCAUGGUGGAAGAAACCUCACACGGAACCUCAACCCGCUGGGGUUGCUCUGCUAAUGGGCGGAGAGUUUGGGCGCAUCGGACGAAAGAUGCAUAAUCUGCCAGACGGCAGUCGGAACUUUUCGCGUAUUUUAAGGGAGAGGUCAAUGCGCAUUCAGCCAAUGCCGAAGCAAGACUUAACAGAGUAUAUGGUACCAAACUCUGCCGGUGCUGAGGUUUCUGCAUACCAAGCAAACGUGUACUCUGGUCAAUAUAGUGCAGAUUCCUCCUUCUAUUACGUUUGCUGCAAAGAUUUCAAUCUUCAUGUAUACGAUACAACUGCCAUGCCUUCGAAGGAGGCGCACAACGACCGUCGACAUGGACAUAGAACACGGAUGAAAGUUCAUAAAAGUAUAAAGGGGAUUCCCGAAGGAUGGACGAUCCCGGAUUCACAUUUGAGUUCCGACAACGAGAGGUUGAUUUAUUCUUCUAUGAGCCCUACGGUAUACAUGGUCAAGACUCUGGAAUACGACUCCACCCAAGUUGCAAUCAAUUUUGCUGAUGCAGGCCGGAGGUCCUACGGCUGGGGAUAUGGGGACGACACAUGUAUAUGGAGUUGUCGCUUUUCCGCUGAUGGGAAUGAGGUCAUCGCGGGAGGAGGGGGGAAGAUAUUCGUAUACGACCUGUUGGCAGACAGACGGACAGUCAAAAUAUCUGCGCACUUUGACGAUGUCAAUAGCUGUUGUUGGGCUGACCAAGGCAGUAACGUAUUGGUUAGUGCUUCUGACGACACCUUCAUCAAAGUUUGGGAUCGUCGAUCAUUGGGUUCAUCAACACGCCCCUCUGGAGUUCUCAUAGGACAUACAGAGGGCAUUACAAACGUUUCGGCAAAAGGCGAUGGACGAUAUGUCAUUUCUAAUGGGAAAGAUCAAGCACUACGAUUAUGGGAUUUGAGAAAAAUGACGCCCAAUUCAGAAUAUAACAAAGUCAAGGAUACACAUUACGGUCUAGAAGGCUUUGACUACAGAUACGUGGAAAACGACAGACCACAAAGGCGGCCUGCACAUCCUAAGGAUUGUAGUAUCAUGACUUACCGGGGACAUUCCGUUCUGCGAACCCUGAUUAGAUGCCACUUCAGUCCAGCGGAGACUACUGGAGGCCGUUACAUUUACUCUGGAUCGUUCGAUGGUCGAAUUCACGUCUGGUCAUUGGAUGGUCGUGUUGUACAAAUUCUCGAUCGUUCGGAAACGCUUCCAUUAAGCUUUGAUUACUCUGGCCCUGAGCUACCCCCGAAACAUAGCGGCAGUCCUUGCGUGCGCGACGUUACCUGGCACUCGCGUGAGCCUGUCAUGCUUAGCGCGGCAUGGGGUUCUCACGGGACUAGCUCAGUGGCACGGCACGAGUGGAAAGGUUUGACAAAGAUGAAUCAUAAUUUGGAAGAUUGGGUAGAAAAGAUGUCCAGUGAGGGAAGGGAAAGGCACAGGAAUGGUGUACCAUUGAGACGAUCACAACGAUUUGCCCGCAUGUCAGGUCGUCUCCCUGGAUCAUUAUACGAUGACGAUGACGAUGAAUACGACGAGGAUUACCAUGACUAUGACUAUUACUAAAAAAUCAUGUUUCUCUACACAGUCCCGCUCGUAUAUGUUGUGUACUUGUACUUCGUUUUGCAAUCUGCUGUCUUAGUAGCCUACAUAGUCCAGUCGACAAAAUGUACUGAAAGUCGUUUGUCC